AUGUUGCUUGGCCGUAUCUCACGACUUGUGUCUCCGUCGCUAUGCCGCUCAAACCACACUGUCACCCUCUUCCCUGGUGAUGGCAUAGGACCUCAGAUAUCAGAGUCUGUCAAGGAGAUAUUUGCAGCUGCAGACGUGCCAAUUACCUGGGAGGAGCAUGAAGUUUAUCCAAUUCUCGAAAAGAACGGAAAAACGAGAAUACCGCAGCCAGCAAUCGACUCAAUCUUCAAGAACAAGAUUGGAUUAAAAGGACCAAUGAGAACGGCCAUUGGUAAAGGUCAUGUGUCACUGAAUCUCACGAUAAGAAGAACGUUCGGUCUGUACGCCAACGUCCGACCAGCCAAGACAGUGCCUGGUGUUAAAACUCCUUAUUCUGAAGAGGGCGUGGACUGUGUCAUCAUGAGGGAGAAUACGGAGGGGGAAUACUCCGGCAUCGAGCAUACGGUAGUACCGGGUGUAGUGCAGAGCGUGAAGCUCAUAACACGGGUAGCAAGCCGCAACGUUGCAGAGUACGCCUUCAAGUACGCCGUAGACAACGGUAGGUCCAACAUUGUGGCACUUCAUAAAGCUAACAUCAUGAAGAUGUCGGAUGGAACCUUCCUGGAGGAGUGCCGAGCUGUUGCUGAGCAGUUUCCCCAAAUAAAGUACCGUGAGAUGUACCUGGAUUCAGCGUGCCUCAAGAUCGUUAAAGACCCCUCACAAUUUGAUGUCAUGCUCAUGCCCAAUUUGUACGGUGAUAUUUUCAGCGACUUGACUGCGGGUCUGAUCGGAGGCUUAGGUCUGGCCCCGAGUGGUAACAUGGGUAAGGACGGUAUUGCAAUAUAUGAGGCUGUCCACGGCACUGCUGAUGAUCUUACAGCUACGAACAAAGGAAACCCGACCGCUCUCCUCAUGUCUGGACUCAUGAUGUUGCGACAUUUGGAGCUUACAUCUCACGCAGAUACGAUCGAGAAAGCAAUCUUGGAAACUCUCACGGAGAGAAAGUUUGUGACCGGUGACAUCGGAGGCUCGGCCACCAACCCCCAAUACACGGCUGAGAUCUGCAGGAAAAUCCGCGCCUCCUCUUGAGAAACUCACUCCUUUUAAAACCGGUCUCCUUCAAGGAUCAUCUGGGAAAUGUGUCAAAAAUACACAUGUCCCAAUCUGAGAACUUGGUUUGAGACCGGAGGGAAUUUGUUAGCAAGAACCCGUGUUGUAUAGGAUGUUUUCAGUCUCCAACAAAUAGUUAAUAUCUGCUAUUUCAAAUGACCCAUGCAUCAUCUGUUAAUUAUUUAUUGCAUUGUUAAAUUAAAUUCAUCUCAUAUAUAACGCGUAUUAAUUUGGGUGCAUGAUAAGUUUUCUGAAACCAUAUAAUCUACCUUCUGAAAUUAUUUAGAUGUCGGUUUGAGUUCCAAAGUUUUGUAAAGUUA